CAAGAGUUAAAGGAAACAUCUAAAUUUCUGUGUGAAUUAUUAUUGUAUUAUUAUUAUUAUUAUUAUUAUUAUUAUUAUUAUGAUAUUAUUGUUCAGGCUUUCACUGCUGAUGCCUAAAUGCAGAAGCGAGCAGAGGGGAGGGGGGUCCUCGCUCAUUGCGCAUGCGCGACAAAUGUUGCUGCCGUAGCCAGACAGCAGCAGCACGGAGCACCGACACCGGGGAUGGUCUCUUCAUCUUCUACAAAAUACACGAAAUAACCUCCACAAAAUGAAGUUUCCUUACUCAUAACGUCGUGAGGAUAUGGUGAGGAGAAGGUGUCCCAUGCUGCAUUAGUGGAAUAGUGACAUGCUGGCCUGUCUGCCAGCAUCAGGUGACCCUACCAUCAGACUUCUCUCCCGCACGCAGAUGAACACUGGACUUCAGAAAUGGGAAACUACACAGAAGAUGAGAUCUGCCAGCUAUCCAACCCCAGCAGAGUUGGAUGCCUAUGCUAAGAAAGUUGCCAACAACCCUCUGACCAUCCAGAUCUUCCCCAACAGUGUCAAAGUACCUCAAAGGAAGCACAUUCGCCGCACAGUUAACGGGCUUGACACGUCGUCGUCCAGCCAGCGCCACAGCCCCUAUCCCUCUCAGGUCAGCUCCAGUAGGGGCCUGCUGGCUGUCCUCCGAGCGCCUGCCAAAGGUGUCAUCAAAGAGUCGGACGGUAGCCGAGCCCGGCACAUUCAGAAGGCCAUCAUGAACCCUCACAGUGGGCCGUACGCCACUCAAAGCACUUUAAAUCUUCCUCAGCCUGCUCCUCACCUACAGGGCCCCUCUCAGCCUGCGGCCCAGGCUGCGCAGAAGCAGGGUAUGGUUCACCCACAGGCGCUACAGCAAAGCAUGACUCACCCAAUGACUUUACAGCAGCCUCAAACUAUGCCUCACCCGCAGGCGCUACAGCAAAGGAGCAUGGCUCAUCCACAAGCUCUGCAGCGGCAGCAGAGUUUGUCCCAGGUUCAGACUUCACAGCAAAGAUUGGCUCAUCCACAGGGCCUACAGAGGCAGCAGAGUCUGCCUCACCCCCAGGCUCUGCAGCAGCAGCAGCAGCAGCAGCAGGGCCAGCCCUGCCCGCCCGUCGGACCACAACAACACCUUACUCACUUGCAGACACUAAAGCAUCAGGCGGCUCCUCCGCAAGCUUUACUUUCACAACAAGGAGUGACUCAGGAUCUGCGCCACAUGUCUGACGGAGCUCCGCUUCCGAGCCUGCAGCACACCCAGGGGCUGGUCGGCUCGCAGCCCCUCCCCCAGGCUGUGGUCACAGGACCCCCUACCAUGCCUAAUAGCCUCCAGCAGCCCCAGCCGGGGGCAUACGGGCCCCGGAAGCUCCCCGACGCAGACGCCCCACCAAAUGUAACUGUAUCUACCUCCACCAUUCCACUGUCCAUGGCAGCCAGCCUGCAUCAGAACCGGCCGAGUGACCUGAGCAGCAUCGUGCACCAAAUCAACCAGUUGUGCCAGGCACGGGCAGGUAUGGGUACCACCUCAGUCUGUGAGGGCCAGAUCGCAAACCCCAGCCCCAUCAGCCGCAACCUGCUGAUCAACGCCAGCUCCAGGGUGUCCUGUCACCACCCGGCUCUGGGCUCUGUGCCCAGCUGCCUGAUGGUGGGACCCCCAGACAAAGCUUCAGCUCAGACUCCCAAUGCUGCCCUGCAUUCACAGCCCAAUAUAGCUGCUACUAAUAGUAUACCUAACUUUCACGCUGACCCAGAGAAGGUACAACUGCAGCAGCAGCAGCAGCUGCAGCACCAUUUACAUCAGCAGAAACAGCAGCAGCAGUUACAGCAGCAGCAUCAUUUACAACAACUACAGCAGCUGCAGCAGCAGCAGCAGCAGCAACAGCAGCGCUCCUGGGCCCAGCAUCAACUGGCCCACAUGCAGCAGCCCCCUGAGGGGGCUCAUCCUUGCAAGAACCCGAGGAUGGAGCCUCCAAGUGAGUGUGCUUUCCCCUCUCGAAACCUCAGCUACUCCCACAAGCUACCCAACGCUGCACCGUCCUUUCCUCUGAAACACCCUGCAGAAAAACCACGAUCAUCAUCCCCUGUUAACUGCCCAGUAGGUUCUAUGCCUUACAUUAAUGGCCACUACAUGCAGCCACCGUGGGGCAGCAUUUCAGCCACAGCAGGUAACAAUGGAUCCGGUCCUCAGGACCUGCCAGUGGCUUUCCAGGGAGGGCAGGCGGCUGCCUCCACAGACCGCAUCCCAGGGGCAAAGUACAGACCGGGGAAAGAGGGUCCUCCUGGACAGUCCAAGAUGAUGCAGAAUGUGGAUUUCUUAGGAGCGGGGUACCAGAUGCCCAGCUUUCAGGAGCAGAACAUGGAUGUGAUGGAGAAGAUGCACAGGUCAGCCAUGGGCCAGGUUCAGGAGCCCAACAAUGGUGGAGGUGUUCACACUCAUCACCCAGGCUACCGUUAGAAACGUGCGCUUAUCCCCCUCGGUGUGUUUUGAGUUCCUCUACACAGCUACUGUCAGCUUCUGUGGUUUAUUCUUUAAGAUCUUGCAAGUGAUCAAUUACAUUUUAUUGCUUCAGAGCUUGAUUUGUAGACCCACCAGGUUGUGAUUAUUCAAAGUAUUCCUCAGGUCUUAAGCCAUGUCGUACCUUUGUUGCAGAUGAAGGGUUUUUGAGAUUGUUGUCCACUGUUGAGUAGAACUUCUUUUUUCAUCACUGGCAUGGAUGUGCUGCUCUUUGCUCGUGUAUAUAUGGUGUUCUAAAAUAUUAAUUUGCAGCUGAGAAUAUGCUUGCCAUAUGAUUGUCACAGUGCUUUCCUUGGUUGACAUGGAACAACUCAACUUUUUUCAGCAUUUGUGGCCUUACAACUGCCCAAAGGCAAGAUUUAGGAUGUCCUUGUGUAAUGUUUUUAUUUGCAAUUAUUUAACUUAACAGGUUUGUGAUCCAUUUACAUAAGAAGGUUACAUGUAUAUGCAAUUAACAAGACUGUUGAUAAGGUUAUUGUCCCACAAGAUCUCUCCCAUAGUUAAGGUGUACACUAAGUGAGAGCCACAACUCCUCUAUCAGGAAUACAACAUGGCUUCUGAGCUGCACCGUGAGUGGUCCAGGUAGUUUUUGCAUGGGUGCAAAAAUGGCUAAAUAUCACUGUUAAGCAGAUUUUUUUUUGUUAUUAAUAAGACAAAGCCAGCACUAGCAAAAACAGUAACAUUCUCAGUGUUGUUUCUCAAGUUGCGAGUAGUUUCUCUUACGUUUGGAAAGUCUAAAGUGCCCUCUUGUGUGUGUAAUAUUUCAAGAAUUGCUUUUGAAGUAGUUAUUUUAUUAACAGUUUUUGUCGUUUUUUCUGUAGAUGGUCCUACUUGAACUGUAGACUUUUAAAUGUUAUGCCUCACAUUUGGCAAAAGGAGCAGAAACUCCAUUAGCCCAUGUUUGUCUUUAGCUUAUGUGAAACCGAAUGGCAUCCCAUUAAUAUUAAAAUGGUGUAUGUAUAUCAGUAUGUGAAAAAGCAAAUUGAUCACUUGCAAGCAUGCAAGUACUUCGAAUAAUGCAAGCUGGAAAAAUGCUUCAUUUCCCUUCCAACACAUUUCCUCACCACUUUACUACUGUAAUACAAGUGAACUGACGUGGUGUGGACUUUCUCUGUGUGACUCGUGGUGGGCCGAUCGUCUACUAAUCACUGGCCUUACCCUGUGUUGUAUUUCUGCUACCUAUAAAGAAAAAACUAAGAACAUUAAAUGCAGGUUAUGUUUUGCUAGAUGUGUCUAGCAUGAAGCUCUGGACCCAUUUCCUCCUCUAGUCUUGUUUCGGGUUGAUGUUGCUCUGCGAGCCUCAAGCCUUUCUGGAAAAAGCCUUAAAUGUCACAGUAGUUAUCCUCUACUUAAUAGUUACCGUAACCCACUUCCUCUGCCAGGAUCCCGACUUAAGUGUGGCUUCACUGCGGAAGCCCAAUUCUGCCAGGAGAAGGAAAAAAUAUGACAGAAAGACCCUGUAAUUUAAAAUAAUGACUUAGUAUGUCUAAACUAAUGAGAAUCGCCUCAUAAUGACUUUGUAUCUUGAAAUGAUGAGAAACAUUCUCAAUAAAAUGACAUACUAUUGCAAAAUAAUGACUUGCUAUCAAAAUGAGUCAUUGACUUGCUAUCAAAAUGAGACAUUUUCUCAAAUUAAUAAACUGUAAACAAUUUUCCAACUUUCAUUAUUUUGAGAUUCUAAGUCAAUAUUUCGGGAAAGUUUCGUUAUUCUGAGAUGCUAAAUCAUCAUUUUGAGAUUAAUUUAUUACAUGUUUUGAGAAAGUUCCUCAAAAAUAUUACGUACUAUUGCAAAAUAAUGAUUUGGCAUCUCAAAAAAAUACUAAGUAUCUAAAUAAUGAGACGUUUUCUCAAAAUAAACUGUAAACAUUUUAGCUUUCUGUCAUUAUUUUGAGAUACUAAGGCAAUAUUUUAAGAAAGCUUCAUUAUUCUGAGAUGCUAAAUCAUCAUUUUGAGACUAAUUUAUUACAUAUUUAAGAGAGUUUCUCAUUAUAAUGACUUUGUUGUGAACUAAUUACUUGGUAUCCUGAAAUAAUGGGAAACUUAAUAAUUACUUGGUAUCAAAAUAAUUAGAAAAAAACUGAAACAUUUAGAUUUUAGCUUUCCGUCAUUAUUCUGAUACUAAGUCAAGUUUCAGAUUAUUCUGAGAUGCUAAAUUAUUAUUUUGAGACUAAUUUAUUACGUGUUUUGAGAGAGUUUCUAAUUAUAAUGACUCCUUCUUUGUGGCAGAAAUGUGCUCCCAUGCUUCAUUGAGAGAAAAUACGUCAUAUUUUCUUUCCCCUGGGCUUUGGUUCAUUUGAAACUUAUACUGUCAGAUCAUUGGGCAGUUUAUGUGUACAGGCAGUGGGAAUGGGUCAUAUUGCCUUAAAUCUAAAUAUUUAGGCAAUGAAGCUACUCGUACUUGUUGAUAAAUCGCCCAUCCUGCUAUCUGAAAUGUUGCCUAUCAAGGAUUUAAGAUGAUUUUAAAAUAUGAAUAGUAUCUAGCAGAAUUAAUAGGUAUGUAGAACAGGGCUGUAGCAGUUAUUUUAAAGUAUUUGGACUGUGUUUUAGUUGUUAUACUUAAUAAAUAUCCUGAUAUAGUUUCUUAAUUUAUUUUUUUGGACCACUGCAUCCUGAAGCCAUAGGUGUUUUCACAUUAGGUGCCAUAGGUGACACAUUGAUGCAGACAGUGUAAACUGAGCUGUCUGCACUCGGAGCUUUGCAUCCACACUUUAACCUGACGUCUCCGACAACAACAAGCUUACAGAAGCAGUUACAGGCGAAAAGGGAGACAGGACAGCGAGAUGAUCGGAGAAAGAGCGCUGAGAUGCAAGCCGUAGCUUUUCUGGAUUUUGGUCUUCAUACUUGAUGGCAGUUUUUUUUAAUUUUAUUUUGUUUCCUGGCUCUCAUUUUUGACGUGCCUGCCCCUUGAAGCUGCUAUGACUUUAAUCUUAACACACACUAGUAUGAUUUGUGUGUGCGUGUGUGUAUGAAUAGUAAUGAUGUAUGGGCUGUGUCAAUGAAAAUAAUUUAUGGGAUGGGUGCAGGGCGGAAGUUGCCGCCGCCGCCCAGAUGCUGGUAAAUUUGGUAAUAUCUUCCAAAUAUAUAAUAACUGACCAGUAUUGGGAGUGGUGGGACAGGGUUAAGGAAGACACCUUCCAGGCCUGUGUGGGUUUCUGAACUUUAAAUCAACACUAAACAAUUCUACAGACCUGCCCUGUUUAUUUUGAACUGCCUCGUUACAGCCCGACAUAGUCAGGUUCUACAGUUUCAUAUGAAGUGCCUCCACUGGGCUUAGUAUGGAGAAAUGUGUGAAUGGAUGCUUGUGUGUGCAUAUGUUAAGCUUGGGUACUUGCACACAGGUGUGCACGCUGACAAACGUGCAACAAGGUUAAUCUCUGAUGGGGGACCAAGCUACUUAGUGUAACUACUGAUACUGUGUCAUGGACUGAAGUCCUGAAGUGUGCCACGAUUCCUUGACACUGUCAGGAUGUGUGAACUGUUUGCUGCUGACUCACUGACCAAAGUGACCAAGCGUCCCUCUCUGUAACCACCCCGGCCAACAAAAGCCUUGGUUAUGUUCUAACAGUAAUAAGCAACAAGCUGGUGACAUAAAGGAGAGCUGCUGCCCUCAUUUGGACGGUUAAAGGGACAGUUUGGAUUUUAACAAGUGAGGUUGUGUGAGGUUCUUAUCCACAGUGUAAUCUACUGUAGCUAAAUGGAUUUACGCAACCUUUAAAGAAUCCAGUGUACUGUAAGAAUAUUCACCUCUUUACCUUGCUGUCAUGCAGCUAGGUUUAAGCUGACGUGGGGGGAACUGGGAGCCAUUAUUUCCAUCUAUAAAGCACCAGGAUGCUUUGACAAAAUCAGCAAUUUUACCUCGCAGAAUGCAGGAGGUGCUGGUCUUCCACUGCCUCAAUAGACCUUUUUUUUACAGCAAAGCAGGAAAAGCACAGGUGUGUUUAAUAACCUAUUAAAAACUGAUAGCUGCAUCCCACAUAGUGCAGGCCCUGGUGUUGUGGACCUGAUGGGAAUGAGAAAUCAUCAUUUUUAACCUGUGCUUUUCUGACUAACAAGUUAAAAUGUCUGCUGUGAAAAAGGUUGAGCUUCAAACUGAUUUUUCAGAACACCAAAGUCACACAAUAGGCAUGUUUCCAUCAAGGAAUUUGCAUGAGAAAUCUUGAUGGAAACACCAAAAUUCUAUAAAAAUUUCGAAAACUGCAUUCAAGUUUUUACGCUCGCUUGAGGUACGUUUAUGCAGCUUUGGCUAAUUUACAUUUUCUUUAAUGCAACAUUUCAAAUUUUCGCUUCAAAACUGGCUUCGACUUUAAUGGAAACACGACUACUGACACUUACAAACUAACAAAUGAAGGGAGUGCGCAGUAGACAAACAACUUUUUCUGCAUGGUAAAAUUGCUGUUUUUAUCAAUGGAGUCUGGUGGCUUUGAAAAGAGCAUAAAUAACGGCUUCAGUUCCCUCAUUGUAACGUGAACAGAGCUGUCUGACAGCAGGGUCAGCGUACACGUUAACUGACUGAUAUUCAUACAACCCCUCUUAGAAAAAAAUCCAAACUAUCCCAUUUUUAAACAAAACUUUGAAGUAAAAGUGUAAAGAUGUGAACGUAGUAUUAAAAAAAUCUAGAGUGAGUGGUUCCUGUUUGCACAGUUCACCCCAAUGUGUUUCCGCCAAGCAAGAUUCAGAUGUUCUAACCAGAACUUCUGUUCUGUGGUUCCAUUUCACCAUUUUAUGAUCAUGCAGAAACGGCUUCUCACACAGUGUCAAUAUGCAGAAACUGAGAAUCCACUGAAGCACAUUGUAGCUCACGUUAGUCGGCGGUAGUUAUUGGGGCUCAGGUGUGCAACAACUCUAGAUUUUUUUUAUACUCCAAUUAAAACGAUUGUCUUUGAUCAAAGAUGUUGUGAACAGUGGUGGAGGGGGGCUUACUUUCUCUACUUUGUGAAAAUGUGAUAUUCCAGUUUUGCCUAACCUUCAGGAAUAAAAUGUCUUGCACAAACAUUCCCCCUAACCAAAAUAAAGUUUGCAAACACAAAGUU